AUGACGGCCGCCGCCGAGGUCCAAAAUCUUCUGCGAUUCCUGACCAAAGAUGCGCGCCUUUCCUUGGCGGAUGCAAUGUCCAAAAUCAAUGCCCUUCGAAAACAGCAGCUGAAUACCCCCGAGAACAUCUCUAAAGCCGAUGAGGCCAAUCUCAAGUCUAUCUUUGCCGAUGAGAAAGUGUUGAAGCAGGUCAUCAAUGCCGCAAAACGGGUAUCGAAUCCCAAGAAGCGAUCGUCAGGCCAGACAAGUUCUCCUCCCUCGAAGCGUGCGAAAAUAGAGUCAGAUGAAUUCGACGACGAAUCCUGCCUCACAUUGCCUCAGACAGACCUCUCCAUCGACGAGAUUGGGAAGAUGAUCAUUGACACAAACCGAGCACCGCUCUUUCUCGCUUUCACGAUUACCGUUCUCGCCUACACCCAUCCUGAACAACCCCUAUCGAGCCGAUUGAGUCUAGCGCAAGCUGUCGUUAGUGCAGGUGCGCAAAGCAAGGCCAAAUACCUUGGUUUAACAACGGGCCCUACUCCGGAGGAGGAUGGAUGGGCACAAGGCCAGCCAAAGGUGAAAAUAAUGGGCCGGGAAGUUGCAGUGAUGCGGAGGCAUGUGGUGUCGAAACAAGAAGACGACAACGCUCCCAGCACUGCUUUUUGGGGUUUGGAUCUGGAAGCGCUUCGCAGGUCAAAUGGCCCUCUGAUUGCUGGUAAGGACAGUAAAGGUCACGAAGGGCCGCCCAUACAUAAACCUGCCGCGGCUCGAAAUUAUCUGCUGAAGUCAAUGAUGGCGGUUGAUUCUGGCGCGAGAGCACCAAGUCAAGAUGGGGGAAAAUCAGAGACGGUUGUCAAAAAGAACCCCAAGGAUACGAGCCGCAAGAAGGAAGAGGCCGCGGCAGUAGUUCUCAAAGCCAUCGACGUUGUCUGUGAAAGCUGGGCGGAUUCCUUAACGAGGGAAGAAUUAGAUCAAAAAGCGCAGUCUUGGUAUGUCCGCGCUCGGCCAGAUGUGGCUCAAGGACAGGCAGGCUGGGGACAGAGAGGUCAAGUGCGUCUGGAAGAUAUUCUGCGCCUGAAAAAGGGAUGA